AUCGGUCCCAAAUUGCCGCACCUACCUCCAUAUAAAUAAGGUACCACGAAUAUAGAAGAGCGAGGCCUUGAAAAUCUCCACCACCUUUCAUUCUCUCCAUCCCCGCCAAAAAAAAAAAAACAAACAAACAAACAAAAGAAGAACAAGAGAAAGAACAACAAAAAAAAAACAAAAGCAAUGGUCAGGGUUCAAGACAUAGCGUCGGAAUCCAAAGACACGAUCCCCGACGAGUUCGUGCGGCUCGAGAGCGAGCAGCCGGCGGCCACCACCGUCCGCGGCGUCACCCUCGAGGUCCCGGUGAUCGACGUCAGCGACCAGGACGUGGACAAGGUGAGGAAGCUGAUCGUGGCCGCCAGCAAGGAAUGGGGGAUGUACCAGAUCGUGAACCACGGGAUCCCGCCGCCGCUCAUCGCCGAGCUCCAGAGCGUCGGCAGGCAGUUCUUCGAGCUGCCGCAGGUGGAGAAGGAGGCUUACGCCAAGCCGGCCGGGGCGAAGUCCGUCGAGGGUUACGGGACUUUCUUGCAGAAGGAGGUGGCCGGGAAGAAAGGGUGGGUUGAUCAUUUGUUUCACAAGGUUUGGCCGCCUUCUGCUAUCAACUACAGGUUUUGGCCACGAAACCCGCCUUCUUACAGGGCGGUGAACGAGGAGUACACGAAGCAGCUACAUGGCGUGGUGAACAAGCUGUACGACAGCCUGUCGCUAGGGUUAGGGCUCAAAGCCGGAGAAUUGAGGGAAGCCCUCGGCGGAGACGAACUCGUCUAUCUGAUGAAGAUAAACUACUACCCACCGUGCCCGCGCCCCGAUCUGGCGCUUGGAGUCGUGGCUCACACCGACAUGUCGUCGCUCACCAUUCUCGUCCCCAACGACGUUCAGGGACUUCAGGCUUGUAGAGAUGGCCAGUGGUACGACGUCAAGUACAUCCCCAACGCACUCGUCAUCCACAUUGGCGACCAAAUGGAGCAGAUCGUGAGCAAUGGGAUCUACAAGAGUGUGCUUCACAGAACCACGGUGAACAAGGAUAAGACGAGGAUGUCAUGGCCGGUGUUUUUGGAACCGCCGGCAGACCACGUAGUGGGUCCUCAUCCAAAGCUCGUCGGCGACAAGAACCCGGCCAAGUACAAGACCAAGAAGUUUGGAGACUACUGUUAUUGCAAGCUCAACAAAAUUCCCCAGUAGAUCAUGAUGAUCAUUGGCAGCAGGAUGCUCUGCCGAUAUAUGUAAUAUGUAUCAUAAGUAUUAUCUGUAUUAUUGGCUUUAAGUAUGCUGUUCGAUAUUGGUCCUUAACAUAAAAAGCAUGUAGUAGAUCACGCUGUGGCUUGCUGGGAAUAAACCAUAUUCAAGUACUAAUUAUAUGUUCGCGUGAGAUUAGUUAGUUCCUUUAAAAAAAAAAAAUCAGUGCCUAUGAGUAAAAUUAAACAAAAGUUGGGUUACAACGAAGAUGAGUGGCCGUUCAAACCAAAUUUACAUUUCAUUCCAUCUACAUUGGACACGUGCCAACAGAUAUGUGGCAAGUGGCCUUUCAUUUUGUUUUCGUCCCCAACCGAUUCGUAC